ACGUCCGCUUUCAUCUGCGACGAACGACUUCAGCGCCAGAUUUUGUUUUUGUAAUUUCAUACAACCACAUACAUGUAUCAGCGUUUAAGUAAUACCCCCCCAUAUCGUGUCAUAUUUACGUUAGAUUAUUUUAAUUGUUUUAUUGCAACGCCUGAAUACUGGCAGCCUACUUCCAAAGUACAUAGAUAAUUAUUUUAUUACUUGUUCAUUUAUUGUUCCGCAAUUCAUCUGCAUGCAUUUUCAGUCGAGCAGCAUAGCUGGGAACCUGGGUCGCCACAAUGAACUUUAUCAUUGAUCACACUUGGGACAGCCUGCCCGUGAACCAUGAGCCGGUCAACAUCCGCUUCUCCCCCGGCGAUGGGGGGCUGCUCAUGGAAGUGUCUGCCCCCUUUUUCAACGAGCCUCCUGGCCCACCGGGGGCUCCAGGUCAGCCGUUCCCUGGACUCUGGGACUAUGAAGUUGUAGAGUCUUUCUUCUUGAAUAGCAACACAGAAAACUAUCUUGAAGUGGAAGUUUGUCCCCAUGGGCAGCAUUUAGUGUUAUUGCUCUCGGGGAGGGGAAAUGCAUUCCAGCAAGGGCUACCUUUGUCAUUCCAAGCAUCUAUAAAUGGGGGCCGGUGGACAGGGCACGCUCUCCUGCCAUGGACGUAUUUCCCCCCAGGGGUAAAUAAAAUGAACUCAUAUGCCAUUCAUGGCUCUGGAGAGGGAAGGAAAUACGAAGCCCUUUACCCCAUACCAAGAGAUGAGAUAGUGGAGGGUCAGAAGCCAAACUUCCACCUUCUGGAAUACUUCAGAGACUUUCACCUGCAGUGGAUCAUGGGAGAUGAAUGGGUGCAGCCAGAUUCAGACCUUUGGCCAGCAACUCAUUGACCACUUGUGUUCCAGUGAUUACGUGCAAGCAAUGAUGAAUGAUUGCGAGAAGUGAUGUAUGAUUCAUGGAAGAAAAUUAUAUACUGUUUUUUAAAAAAAAAGGAAAUCAAACAAUGGAUUUAAUAAACCUCAAUUAACAGUUCUUUAACAAUGAAGUAUAAAACACUGUUUGUUGGGAAAUAGUCCAAAUUCUGUUCUAUUUGAAUUAAAACUUCUGGAAGAAACAG